GGCGGCAACCUUGAUCCCCUCCUUCCUCCCAGUCCCCCCACCGCCGCCACGAACCUGCUCUGACAAGAACUCUGCUCAAGCCCGCUCCAUGGUCCCCGUCAUCGACAUGGACUCUUUUCCCGUUCCGCCAGCCGAAGGCACCACCUAUAGAAAAAGGAAUCGAGUCGAUCGAUCCAAAUCCCGGAUCAGACCGGAUCGCGGCGAUGCCACGACAGGUUGCCGGUCUGCAGUCCUCCUCACGGGACAAGCUGCGUUCGCGGUGCGCUCUUGCUGCUUGCCGGCUUCGACGGUGUGGGCCGGGACGCCGCCCUUCCGCAGAUCCGCAAUCGAGUCGUGCGUCCAAUCUGCCGCCUCCCCUCGACGUCCACGGCUCUGUGCUCUUCCGUGUUCUCUCCUAGCGCAGGCUGUGGGGGCGCUACGCCGCUAUCUGCCGGCUCCUCAUACAAGAGCGAUGGACAAACUGAGCCCUGUGGGAAACAAUUGCAUCAGCUCAGGGACGUCCAGCGUUUCUCCUCGAUGUUUCUUUGCACGCCUCAUCUCCAAGCAUGAAGCCACGGCGAGAUGGUCUGGUUUUGGUACUAUGUUGAUAGCAAGGGUGCAAGGCUCAAGGGAAGCAGUCGGUUCUGUAGUUCUUUGUAUGCUUAUGGUAUCUUGGACGAGGGUUACAAAUUCAACAUGUCAGUUGAGGAAGCUGCUGAGUUAGCAUGGCGGGCUUUUAUCACAAACUAUUCUGCGACAGAGCUAGUGGUGGCUGUGUUCCUGGUGGUAUGCAUUCUGUUUCUUAGUUUCUAUCCUGAUAUUUGUUUUGUUCACUCAAUAAGCACGAUACAACAUGCAUGCAGAUUUGUUAAAC